CCUGUGGUAGCUCAAAGGUCGUCAAAUAAUCCAGACUUAUUUGGUUUGUACUUUGUGUUCACCAGAACAAACGUUUUUCUAGUUCGACAGCGAAACCUCUAACGCUUUGGCGACCGCAGCUAUGUUGCCAUACCCCCACCUAUUCCCUCCCUUGCUCUUCAAUGUAAGCAAAACCCACUCGAUCUUGACUGGACCAUGGAGCCACGUGAAAUUAAAGGCUCAAACUCUAGGCGACCGUGUAUCAGAACGUGAGCUCCUCUAGCUCCUCUAGCUCCCAUUACAUUUUCCAAAUCGACUUUCCGUUCUCAAACCCAAACCUCAACGCCUAUGGAAAGACCCUUUCGUACCAGCAAAUCAAUAGCCGACUAACAACAUCACCCUCCUCCACAGAUCCCAAUCGGCAACCUCUCCACGGACCCAAAAAUGCUCUACGGCCAAGUAAUCAGCGGCACCCUCACCUCCGAACCUGGCGUACGCUCCCCCCUUACAUCAAUAAUACAGAUACGAUUUGUAUUCGCUACUAACACAUCACAUUGUCCGUUCCACACUCCCAUCACCGGCACCGUCCUCCACGCGGGCGACUACGUUUUCGCUGACCCCUCUCGCGCCGUAAUCCGACUAAACAUCCAAGGGCUCGUCAAAACUAACGACACGCCGGCCGCAUAUCUCCAGAUGACCGGUACUGGAAUCGAGAUUCCCAACGAAAGGGUUCUGGGGACGAUUGACGGGCUGCCAGGGGCUGGUGCAGUGAAGUUUGGCCAGUUUCAAGCGGUUAUGAUGCGGAGUUUCGCGGUGGGGACAGGUGAGUAUAGAAAUUUGUCCAGUGGGGUAUUUGUCGGGAGUAAUGCGGUGAGGCCGGGUAGGGAAGAGGGCACAUUCGUCGUUGGGUUUCGGAUGAGUCAGGUGGGGAGUCGGGAGGUGAAUGAGACAGUUUAGCGGGCGUUUAGAGUUGGACGCGGCGGGAGAUCCAGGGAGUUCGUUAGAUUUCUUAGAGCGAAGAGAUAUAGAGCUCGUAUAGGCU